AUUCCAAGCAGUCAACAUCAACAGUUGAACGAGCAACAUGGCACUUAGCGAUUCUUCAAAGGACAAAGAUACAAAUAUGAAGCCGAAUGCCGAGGAGAAACCUUUUAAAUGCAAACUGUGUGAAUAUCAGGGCAAGAAGAAUGGUUCUCUCAUACAACACAUGCUUACACACACUGGAGAAAGACCUUUUAAGUGUGAUAUGUGUGAUUAUAGGGAUAAUUUUAAAGGCUGUCUUGAUAAACACAUAAGGACACACACUGGGGAGAAACCUUUUCAGUGCCAAAAGUGUGAUUUUGCAAGUGCUCAGUCAGCAGGAUUGAAAGUACACGAACGUAUUCACACUUUGGAAAGACCGUAUAAAUGUACUCUGUGUGACUACGCGGCCAAGCAGAGUAGUCAUCUCGCGGGACACAUGCGCGCACACACUGGAGAACGGCCGUUUAAGUGUGGUUUGUGUGAUUACAAAGCGAAAGCGAAGAGUGGUUUAAAAUUACAUCAGAGAACUCACACUCUGGAAAAACCGUACAUUUGCACAUUGUGUGAUUAUCAAACCAAACAGAAAGGUACACUUAAAGUUCACAUGCUCACUCACACGGGAGAGAAACCCUUCAAGUGCAAAAUGUGUGAUUUCGCAACGAUCAGUAACAGCGUCUUAACAGUUCACAUGCGGAUUCACACGGGUGAGAAACCCUUUAAGUGUGAUUUCUGUGAUUACUCAGCAGCACGAUCAGGUAAUUUGAAGGAACACCGGAGAACCCACACCGGAGAAAGACCAUUCCAAUGUGACCAAUGUGACUUCUCUGCAAAGUAUUCCAGUAAUCUGUGGGAACAUAAACUUAUAGACAAAACUGAGAAGCCGUUCGAGUGUGACGCGUGUGAGCACAGAACAAGGACUCUUGAUAAAAUGAAGUUACACAAAGUUUCUCAUACCAUCGCGCGAAACCAGAAGUGUGAUUUAUGUGAAUAUAGGUCCAUGUACCGUGGUGCCCUGAAAGUACAUAUAAUGCAACAUCACACCGGAGAGAGACCUCACUCGUGUGACGAGUGUGAUUACAAAACAACAAGGAAACAGACUCUUAAGCAGCAUAAGAAACAAGCUCACAGCGAUGUCCGACCACACGGGUGUGAUCAAUGCGAACACCGAUCUAAAACUAAAUCGGCCAUGGAAUUCCAUAAGCUAAUCCAUGGUGACGAAAAACCAUGGCGUAGGACUGGAGAGCAGUCUUAA